AUGGCUCGCCCCGGCGAAGAACUGCCCUCUCACGCCUCUCCCAUGAUUUCUCCGCUUCCACGGUCUGCGGCGCCAUAUCUGAGCAACUGGUCAGACCUCAAUGACGAGUCGCCUUCUACGCCGGGGCUCCCGAACAACCUGAUCUCACCUGCUUUUACCCCUCCAGCCACCCCCGGAGCAGCGACUCCUUCACGCCAUCUCAAUGCCGAACCGAAGUCCAUUCCCGUCGACACCUCCCUCGACGACCCUGCCACGAAACAACCCCAUCUCCUCGAAAAGCUACCGCACGUAGAAUGCGUCGUGCGUGCGCGGAUCCCAACCACCUCUGGCGCAGAGAUGUUUUUACACUUAUAUCAAAAUGAUUCCGACAACAAGGAACACUUGGCCAUCGUCUUCGGCAACAGCAUCCGCAGUCGAAGCCUCGACGCCGAGCGCCCCGGUGAAACCGAGAUGGACCGCAUGAUCCGAGGCGCAUACAUUGGCAGAUUGCGACCGGGUCGCAUGAGUUCGAGGUUUGACCCGGAUCAGAACAAGAGGCCCCUGAGCCGACGAGCCCGAAGCGGAUCCGCAUUGAAAAACGUCACAACAGUUUCGGAGGAAGAGGCGGUAGUAGACGGUACGACAGUGACAGCGUCACCUGUCCAGUCUCCAGCUACCACGCAAGAUGAACAAACCUCUGAACAGCCCCAAGACAACGGUGCGGGACUCGAAACACUACCCGAAGAGAUGCAGUCGGACUCGAACGGAAAACCACCACUCGUCCGGAUCCAUUCAGAAUGCUAUACAGGCGAAACUGCCUGGUCCGCCCGUUGUGACUGUGGCGAGCAACUCGACGAAGCAGCACGGCUUAUGUCCUUACCCGACUCUGCCGGCGGCGUCAUUGUUUAUCUGCGACAAGAAGGGCGAGGUAUCGGUCUGGCUUCGAAGCUGAAGGCCUACAAUCUUCAAGAUCUGGGCAAUGAUACAGUAGAGGCGAAUCUCCUCCUUCGACACCCCGCCGAUGCCCGAACCUACGGUCUCGCUACGGCCAUUCUGCAGGACCUUGGGCUCGGGACCGAUAGCGAUGAAAACAAACCGGAGGCCGAAAGGGGUAUCAGACUCCUAACCAACAACCCAGACAAAGUCAGGGCCGUCGAAGGUCCUAACAAGGAGGUGCGGGUCCGAGAACGGGUUCCCAUGAUCCCGCUUGCCUGGCGAACAGGAGGUGCCAAAGGCGUCAGGGGCGCCGAAAUCGAAAAGUAUCUCGAAACAAAAAUCGGUCGGAUGGGACAUAUGAUUCGCGAUGACUAG